AUGAGGAGGAGGUUGGCAUGUCUUAGAGAGCGCGGGAAGAAGCCCUCGGGGGCCCCCGAGACGAACAAUGGAAGCGUCGGACCUCUUGGCCGACCUACUCGCAUCAAGGGACCUCUUGGCCGACCUACCCGCAUCAAGGGACCUCUUGGCCGACCUACCCGCAUCAAGGGACCUCUUGGCCGACCUACCCGCAUCAAGGGACCUCUUGGCCGACCUACCCGCAUCAAGGGACCUCUUGGCCGACCUACCCGCAUCAAGGGACCUCUUGGCCGACCUACCCGCAUCAAGGGACCUCUUGGCCGACCUACUCGCAUCAAGGAACCUCUUGGCCGACCUACCCGCAUCAAGGGACCUCUUGGCCGACCUACCCGCAUCAAGGGACCUCUUGGCCGACCUACCCGCAUCAAGGAACCUCUUGACCGACCUACCCGCAUCAAGGGACCUCUUGACCGACCUACCCGCAUCAGGGGACCUCUUGACCGACCUACCCGCAUCAAGGAACCUCUUGGAAACAUGAGACACCCAGCCCCUUGA